AUGCGUGACUUUCAAGAUACGGUUGCUCAUUGUUCGUUGCUUGACAUGAGUUAUCAUGGUCCUUUGUUCACAUGGUGCAAUCGACGUGAUGAGGAUCCUAUUUGUAAGAAGUUGGACAGGAUUUUAGUGAACGAGGUGUGGGCUCGUACAUUCCCGGAUGCAUACAGUGUAUUCGAAUCUGGGGGAUGCUCUGACCACUUGCGGUGUCGCUUCCAGUUAGGGGCUUCCAUACAACGGUCACGCGGUCCUUUGAAGUUUUCAAAUGUGGUUGCUACCAUGCCAGAUUUUUUGCCUACUAGAUCCAAACUUCACUGGCUGCAAGUCGGGGACAAGAACAAUAAGUACUUCCACCAUUCUAUUGAAGCUAGGCUUGCGGUGAAUGCUAUGAGAGAGAUCAAAUGUCAGGAUGGUUCUAUUGUCACCACUCAGGAGGAAAUCAAAGCUGAAGCUGUCAGUUUCUUUAGCAAUUUCUUAUCUCAUCAGCCAGCUAACUUUGUAGGUCCAACGGUAGAACAAGUUGAGCAAUUUGUUGACUACCGAUGCUCUGCUUCAGAGCAAGCUCUUUUGGUGCACUCUGUUUCAGCGGAUGAGAUACGUGAUGUGGUGUUUAAGAUGCCGAAUAACAAAGCGCCGGGACCAGACGGUUUCUCUGCAGAGUUCUUCAAACAAUCUUGGACUAUUACUGGAAAGGAUUUCACGGUGGCAGUUCAAUCCUUCUUCUUGAAGGGUUUUCUGCCUAAAGGCGUGAACACCACCAUCCUCGCUCUGAUUCCAAAGAAGACUGAUGCCUUGGAAAUGAAGAAUUACCGUCCCAUUUCUUGUUGCAAUGUCAUGUACAAGGUAAUCUCGAAAAUAUUGGCUAACAGACUCAAGAGGAUUCUACCCUCCUCUAUCGCCCCUAAUCAGUCAGCAUUCAUUAAAGACAGAUUAAUGCUGGAGAAUGUGUUGUUAGCCACAGAGCUAGUUAAGGAUUACCAUAAGGAAUCUAUUAGUAGUCGUUGUGCAGUGAAAAUUGAUAUCUCUAAAGCUUUUGACUCAGUUCAGUGGCCUUUUCUUCUUCACGUCCUCAAAGCUAUGGAUCUACCGGCUGAGUUUAUACACUGGAUUGAGCUCUGCAUCGGAACGGCUUCUUUUUCUGUCCAAGUGAAUGGAGAGUUAGGGGGUUUCUUUCGCAGCACAAGAGGUCUCCGGCAAGGUUGCUCGCUGUCGCCGUAUCUCUUUGUCAUUUGCAUGAACUUUCUCACUCGUAUGCUUGAUAAAGCGGCAGUGGCUCGUGAAUUUAGCUACCACCCUCAGUGUCGUAAGAUGCAACUCACUCACUUGUGUUUUGCCGAUGAUAUAUUGGUCUUCUCCGAUGGGACAGCACAGUCUAUAGAGCGCAUUCUAAAGAUUUUUGCUGACUUUGCAGUUUGUUCAGGGUUAACUAUCAGUUUGGAAAAGUCAACCAUCUUCAUGGCAGGCAUAUCCCCACAGAAACGCAGUGCCAUUCUCAGUCAGUUUCCUUUUACAUCAGGUGACCUCCCUGUCAGAUAUCUUGGUCUCCCUCUGCUCACCAAGCGUAUGUCACGAAACGACUAUCUCCCUUUGAUAGAGAGAAUACGCUCUCGGAUCUCCUCCUGGACGAGUAGAUUCUUAUCCUUUGCGGGAAGGCUCCAGCUCAUAAAAUCAGUCCUUACAAGUCUCACAAGUCUCUGGCUCUCUGCUUUCCGGUUACCAAAACAGUGCAUCACGGAGAUCGAAAGUCUUUUCUCAGCUUUCCUUUGGUCUGGUCCAUCUCUCAACCCACGAAAAGCGAAGGUAGCUUGGCCUGAAGUUUGUAAACCACAUAACGAAGGAGGUUUAGGUGUUCGGUUGCUCUCUGAAACAAACACGGUCAGUCUUUUAAAGCUUAUUUGGAGGUUGCUAUCGGCAAAGGACUCUCUAUGGGUCAGUUGGUCUCGUAUUACUCUUAUUCGGGGUCAAACUUUGUGGUCAGUUAAGGGUACGACUUGCUCAGGGUCAUGGAUAUGGCGCAAACUCUUGAAAUAUAGAGAUAAAGCCAUGUUUUUUCACAAAAAGGAAGUGCGAUCAGGUUCAACAACUUCCUUCUGGUACGAUGCUUGGUCCCCUCUCGGGAGGCUCAUUGAUUUACUAGGUACCCGUGGUACAAUCGAUAUGGGGAUAUCUCUGAAUGCCACUGUCGCUACAGCCCUGGCCAAUCAUCAUCGACGACGACAUCGGACUCCUAUACUCAUUCAGGUGGAGGAUACGCUGGCCUCUCUUCGCUUAACAACGGGAGAUGAUGUUUCCCUUUGGCAAACAAAGUCGGGUGCAUUUAAGCCACACUUUUCAUCACGUGAUACUUGGCAUUUGGUCAGGCAAACACUCCCGGUCUGUAUGUGGUACAAAGCGGUCUGGUUCCAACACUCUACACCUAAAUACUCUUUCAUCACCUGGCUUGCGAUUCGUAACCGUUUAGCAACAGGGGAUCAAAUGCUGAAAUGGAACGGGUCUACAAAUGGAACAUAUGUGUUUUGUGCGGCGACUAUUGAAACACGAGACCACCUGUUCUUCUCCUGCCCGUACUCCUCCCAGAUUUGGUCAGCUCUUACAGAAAGGAUUCUAGGAAGUCGUUACACAAUUGAAACCGAGCUAAGCAAAAUCUGUGAUGGGAUUUUGAAUGUUCGUGAAGCUCAUCUUAUCCCAUCUGCUUCACCAGCUGAAUCCAAAGUGUUUUACCUGAAAAUGAAGCGAGAUUAUCACAGGUGUAUUGCUGAGUUUAAGGCUGGUGCUGAGAGGAAAGAAGCUGCUGAAAGCACUUUGGUUGCUUACAAGUCUGCUUCCGACAUUGCCACUGCUGAGUUAGCUCCCACUCACCCAAUAAGGCUUGGUCUUGCCCUCAACUUCUCAGUGUUUUACUAUCAAAUCCUGAACUCGCCUGAUCGUGCUUGCAGCCUCGCAAAGCAGGCAUUUGAUGAUGCAAUUGCUGAGUUGGAUACAUUGGGUGAGGAAUCAUACAAGGACAGUACACUGAUCAUGCAGCUUCUUAGAGACAAUCUCACUCUCUGGACUUCAGAUAUGAGAGACGAAGCAGGAGAUGAGAUCAAGGAGGCAGCAUCGAAGCCUGAUGGCGCAGAGUAAACCCGAAGAAGAGGAA